GGGAGCUACGGACGAAAGUUGUUGAGGCUUGCUCGGAUCCAUCUUGCCAGACUUCCUGGAGACGGUUUGCAUGGGGAGAAGGCAUCCAGGAUGUCUCUCAAAACAGAUCAGAGCGAGCUCUAAAGUUAAGAAAUUAACAGCGCAGAAGGAGGUGGAGGAGCAGGAGGAGAGGUUAAAAUCCAAGCAAAUAGAAGUCGAAGAUCUCACAGAAGAACUCAUUUACUCCGUCACACCCGACCACCAACGCGAGUUGAUUAAGGAGUUGAAGUACAAGCUGGAGAAGCUCGGCAAGCAGCACAGGUGGGUCUACAAUGCGGAGAAUGUGCUUCUCCACUCGAACAUGAACGAGCUCCUGAUAAAUAAGUUGGAGCUCCAAAGUGCUGCCGUAUCUCACCGACAAAUAGAAAGCUAUGCAGCUGGAC